AUAUUCGCGUUCUCUACGUCCAGUCUAAGCUAGGCUAGCCACAACGCGAACAGACAGUAGCGUCUUCCCUUCUCUCUUCUGUCAUAACACCCCCUGUCUCUACAGAAACUAAUAACGAGCUUUGCUUUUCAUAUCUUACGCUCAAUUACCGACGUCCGAACGUAUUCCUCGUGUCUUCGACCAUGUUGCCUCGCGCGUGCGACACUAUCUAUAGCAAGAUGUUCAUUGGCGGUCUUAACUGGGACACAACCGAUGGUACUUACAUCAUUAUUACUUGCUCUGUACCGUUCGGUAGUACUAAAAUAAGGUCGUUCGCGGCAGAGUCCCUCAGGAAUUACUUCUCCCAGUUCGGUAAAGUAGAUGCAUGCACGAUCAUGCGCGAUGCUGCUGGCCGGUCGAGAUGCUUCGCCUUUUUGACCUUUGAGGACCCCGCGAGCGUUAAUGCGGUGAUGGUGCGGGAGCACUUCCUAGAUGGCAAGAUUAUUGAUCCAAAGAGAGCAAUACCUAGACAAGAACACCAACGCGCUACAAAACUAUUCAUCGGCGGUCUUGCGGGGAGUGUGACGUCCGAGUCGAUGCGAGACUUCUUCUCGCAGUUUGGCAAGGUCAUUGAUUCGACGGUCAUGUUAGAUCGUGAGACAGGGAGAAGCAAAGGCUUUGGAUUUGUUUCAUUCGAAGACACAAAUGUCCAGCCCUUCCUCGGUUUUGGGAACCUAGAAAUCGAUGGGAAAUUGAUUGAUGUGAAAUUGGCGCAACCGCGUUAUCAGCGUGACAAUUUCAAUGAAGACGGUGGUCAGCAACAACAGUACACCAACAAGGGCGGGAAUUUUAAUGCGGCAGCUAACGCUAUGCCCGCGGCUCCCUCGGGCAACACUCCAUUCGAUCCCCAGGCUCUAGCUGCCUUAUACACCCGCAUGUUCCAAAUGGCAGGCGGAGGUGGCAUGAUGGGAGGUAUGGGUAUGGGUAUGAAUCCAGGCAUGACUCCGGGCAUUAACCCGAGUAUGAUGGGUGGCAUGGGUGGUUAUGGAGGCGCAGGCAUGGGCAUGGGUAGAGGUGGCAUGGGAAGCCCCGCAAUACCAGGUGGUAUGGGUGGAGGGCCAGGAAUGGGUGGUGGUGGAAUGGGGCGAGGGGGUCAGGGUAUGGGGGGCGGUGGUACACCUACAGGGCCUGCCAGCCUAGGUCCGAAUGUUCCACGUGGUCCACGAGGAGCACAGGGUGGUCCGAGUGGUCCUGGUGGUCUUGGCGUUGGCCCACAACGUGCGGCACAACGAGGGCAGCACAGUUACCAUCCCUACGCACGCUAGUUUUCAUGACAUCGUUGGAUUUGCAUUGCAACUAACUUAUCAAUUCAAAAGCUGGUCCGUGUACGCAUGAAGAUGGUGGACCUUUCAUAUGCAUUUAUAGGCAGUACUUUAGUUCGUCAUUUUCGCUUUUUAGUAUGUUCAGAAGCCGUAUGGAAUGAAUUAUUUGUGCCUGCUGCAUAUGCAUCAGCAUUAAUGUAUGAAUUUGAAUUCUUUGGGAGGGUA